CUGAUCGAUUAUUCGCGAGAGGACGUGCAUUUUCCUAAUUGUUAUAAAUAUUUUUUAAAUUAAUUUUUAUCGUUUGAAGCCGUAAAACCGCUACGUCCUCGUCUUCGGCUCUGGGUGCGGCAAAAAGCGGUAAUGUACUUUACAAAAAAAAUCGCUGCAUUAUUCUGGUAAUCAACUAUGUUUUGCAAAAAUGAAUUUCUCAUAUACGGUUAAUUAAGUCGUUCUAAACUUCAAAAAAUAUUUUCGUAGAAGUUUGAAGACAGCAUUCCUUGUAUUUAUCUGACUAACGUAAUUAAAAAUUUUUAAAACCAUUAAGCAAUUAAUAACGAUCGCGAAUGAAAAUCUCAUAACCAGGGAAUUUUUAACGUUUGAUUGAAUGGUGUCCCCUGAAAACGCCUAUAUGACGUUCGGCCCUGGCCGCUCGGCGUUUGGCUGCUAGCUUCAGCUACAUUAGAUAUGUACACAAAUAAUACAAUUUAUUACGGUUCAAGAUAAAUAUCGGAAUCAUUUUGACAAAUCCAGUGCGUAACACACACAGUUACAUAGAUCAAUACAAAAGACAAAUAAGAGCAAACACCUACAUUCUUGAUAAACAAUGACGGAAUCAAUCGGCGUAAGAGGCGAAUCGAAAAAGAUAAAAGAAAGACGUGAAAGACCCGUCAUUGAGAAAAGGAGGACUACUAUAUUUGCGUUUGUAAGAACUAGAAAAGAAGAACCAUUGGCAGGACGUAUCUACAGCGGUUGAUCUACGCAUAGCGUUACACACAGUAUGGGAGGGAAAGUGGAGUAGCGUAGAAUCAGAUCCGAGAUGGAACACGCAAGGGCAGAGGCGGGAGAAAGAAGGAACGACGACCGCGGACCGUGAUGGCUCCACUUCUGAAGCGGAGAGACGCGCCGCCCGCCGGUCACAGCAGCCGCAGCCGGCGCAGAGAGACGGCACUCGCGCGCCGAGUUGAACGCUCAGUUCGCGCGCUGAGCGUGUCGCGCCCGGUCGUAGUGUUAUACAAUAUUCCGCCACCAUAUCCCAAGAGAGGCCUCACUCGGCUCUACUUAAUCGCAAUUGUUACGAGGACGCACCCCGAGACAUUUUCCACCUUCAAGAUUGGCUUCGAGAGAGAAAGAGAGAGAGAGAUGACUUUCGCGAAAGUUUCACGACCGACACAAUCGCGGUUCGUUGUAGCGCAUCCUUCGUCUGAAAAGUUUAUUUUAUCUUCAGAAGCAAUUCUCCAAAGUUCUACGGGGGUUUUCAAUUAAAUGAUGAUGACUGCUAGACGAGAAAAUUAUGACUGUAUUUCGGAAAACUUUGUUGUUUUCAAUUGCAAGAACUCAUGACUAAUACACGGGUGGCGUUAGUUAUAAACAAAAAAAUUCAUUUUAAAACUAGAUCAAACUUUUUUCUUGGCUACAUAUUAAUACUGCAAUCUUUGUCAUUAAUAAAAACAAUGGUAGAUUCCAAAUUAUACAUACAAAAAAGUAAUUAUUUUUUAAAAACUAUGUAACUAUUAUAUAUAAUACAAAUAUUAAUAAAUUUGUUUUUUAUUUAUUAAAAAAUGGAUUGUCUGUGCUAAAAAUAACAAUAACAUUAUAAAAUAAACUAAUAAGGGAUUUGAAUUAUUCGUUUGUACGCCUAGAAUAAUGCAUCAAGAAUUUCGUCGUGAUUUAAUCUUUCGUUUCGAUCGCAAAAUUCCAAUAUCGGAACAAACAUUCUCCAAAUCUUGAAUCUCUAAUCAUGGAAGAGACAGAAGAAGAGAAGCGCCAACGACGACGAGGACGAUGAAAAUGAUGAGGACGAUAACGAAGACAAGAAGCCACGUGACACCGUGAAGUUAGAGAAAGGGAAAUCCGAAUAAUGGCAGCCUCCCGCGUAGAUUCUGAAGUUGGAGAAUAUCAACUAACGUCUGCGACAGCUGCGGUAUUAUCGAACUCACCGGACGAAGCUCGCGCAAUCGUCAAAUCUUGGACUGACUAUAAUCAUCGCGUCAAAUAUAUCGAAGAGUCGCUCAGCCAAUCAAAAUUUCACGAUCAUCCAGCAAAGCAUUCAAAUAAUGGCAAUGGCGUUCCUGGAAAUCAUUAUGUACGAAAUAACGAAGAACGGCCGGAGCAAGAAGAAGAGUCCAUUUCCGAAAAUGAAAUUCAUAUUGCCAACAGAUUGGAUGUUAACGAGGACAACGAUCGUAAGUUAAUUAUGUGUCAGGAAAAUAACGAGAGAUUUAGCGAUUCGAAAGAUAAGCUGGAAGUUACAUGCACGAAUUCCCUAAACAAUGAAAUCCAGGAGACACAGGAAAUAUUUGAUAAACGUAAUCAAAUGAGCGAAACCGUCUUCGAAGAUGAAUCCAACGAGCAGCAGACGCACGCAGCUAGGGAAAUAAAAAUCGUAACUGCACCGACGAACAAUUGCAUAAACAAUCCAUCCGAAUCAGCAUACCGUUUCCAGGGUGUCGAUAAAACGAUCGGAUCGAACAAGUGUGAGCGCACGGGGGAUAUCGAGAACCGUAAAAAUGACUGCGACGAAGACGGGAUGGAAAUCAGUUCGCCGCGGAGUCGCGCGUAUCCUCACGGGAACAAUGUCAUAGUGUCCGCCGCGACGUCGAGCACAGGCGCAUUUCGAGAGGCUCUUCGGGGAGGUGAAGCGUCUCGUAGGGUCGUUCACUCCCUCGCUCGGAAAGACAGUCGCGCCCCCGGAAAAACGCGACGGUCCGCGAUCGCGGGGAAUCCCAUUGGCGAUCGGGAAGAGUCGAGGGAUCAGGAAAUAUAUCUCGAGGACACGAGAAGUAGCAGCGCGAGAAAAUGCGAAAACUGCGGGGAGCCGCACUACCCUCACAGUCGAUUCUCGCGUCUGCAGGGGAAGUAUUCGGACUACUUGAACCGCGAGACAGCGAAUCGAGACCAAGCGGCCAAGUUCGCCGUCGAUCAGGCGACCGAUGUCGCGAGGCUGACGGCGCCGAUCGCCGCCACGGCCGCACUCCGUCGCAGUCGAUCGCUACCGCGAUUGUCGAUCCACGACAGCGGAGUCGCUUGCAGCGGCGAUCAUGCACCGGCGGCGCCGGACCAGAUGCACGCGGCACCUCGCCAGUUGGUCGCGGAUCUCAGACAACUGCUCACAUUGAGGCAGCACUACUACCCGGAGAGCGGUUGGGGCUGGGUGGUUAUCCUCGUGGGUUUACUGGUACAAAUUUUAUCGCACGGCACGCACGGUGCCGUCGGCGUCUUUCUUCAGCAGGUAGAGAUCAGGUUCGGUCCCCACGUGCACCUACAGGCAGGAUGGCUCGGAGCAAUGUCGACGGGUGUCGCUUUGCUCGUGUCGCCAAUUACAAUAGCAUUUUGUCGAAAAAAAAGUACGAGAGUAACGGCAGUUUUAGGCGGCCUCGUUACCGCUCUUGGUUGUCUCUUCACUUCCUUUGCCACCCAAUUUCAUCAAUUGUUCUUCAGCUACGGCACCGUAGUCGGAAUUGGAGUUGGAAUGACGCGAGACUGCAGCACACUAAUGGUGGCUCAAUAUUUCAAAAGGAAGAGGGAAUUGGUUGAAAUUUUUAUCGUCUCAGGAAGCGGCUUGGGUAUAGCAGUCAUGUCUGCUUUUAUAAAAGGAGCAAUUACUAAAAUUGGAUGGCGACUUGGUCUUCAAGCUGUAACGGGUGUAGUCUUCCUCACCUUUAUUCUCGGCACUUUUUACCGUAGCGCUUCGUUAUAUCAUCCUCAACGAAGAGCAAUCUUACACUUAAAGAAUCAAAAGCGCAAAAUAAAAGAUAAAAAUAAAGCUGACAAACCACCAUUCUUUGAUUUUAGCACUUUAAAAAGUAAAACAGUGCGGAUUCUUUUGAUAUCUACUGGUAUUUCGGCAUUUGGAAUCAAUACGCCAAUAUUUUAUCUGGCGCAUCAAGCGGAAGAAGAGGGUCUCGGUGAUACUGUUAUCUUGCUGCAGACUUAUCUCGGACUAGCUUGGACUCUUGGUUGUGUAGCUUUUGGGCUUCUGGUUGUUCAUCGCAGUGUUGAAUGCAGGAUAGCCCGCCAGUAUCUUACACAAGCAGCCGUUUUUGUGUGCGGACUCUGUAUUCUCGCUCUUACCGCUGUUCAAGGAAAUUAUCAUGGUUACGUUAUGUUCGCGUGGAUUUAUGGCAUCUUUUGCGGCGGCUAUCAUUACAGUCUGAAAAUGUAUACGUACGAAAGAGUGCGAGCGCGGAACUUUGCUAAAACGUGGGGUUUCGUUCAAUGCUCUCAAGCGAUACCUAUUGCAAUCGGAGUACCAAUAUCAGGGUACAUAAAUGUGGGUUGCGGCGGUAAGGCUGGCUACUACUUCAGCUCGACAUGUGUCCUGGUUGGAAGUUUCACGCUCUUCUUCAUCGAUUUGCAUAGAAGAAAUUUAUCGCGACAUAAACAUACCAAAACUAAUGGUACCAAACACACAUGCUCUUCGGACAAUUGUCCUCAACGGCGAAGAAUGUCGUUCAGUCAAGAACCUAAAAACGAGGGUGCUCAUAUGGCCGCGGCUGGAGCGGCUGGAACGACGGCUGCGGCACUCGUUCUGGGAGCCGAUAUUGCUCCAGCACAAGGUGAAGGAAUAGACGUCUUAGGAACAGAUAAACCGGAGCUCACGUGCAUCUCAGAGGAAGGUAUCGCUGAUAUGGAUUUACCUGACAAUUUAUUGGAGGAGUUCGAUUACAUAGGUGAUUGUAUAACUUCAUGCAACAAGGUCGAAAACUACCUUAUGCUCUCGGAAUUUGAGAAUAAUCUGAUUGCUGAGAUGCCGAUUAUUAUGGAUCGUCGUGGACGCAGAUGGUCCGUGGGGAGAUCCAAGACAAGUCAAUCCAAUUGUGGUCAAACUAGCGGCGUGCAAUCGACAACUAGUGAAGAAGAAGUCAAGUCGAAAUGGCGUUUCACGAAUGUACCACCAAACGCUAACAGAAUGAUCACCGUUAUCGACGAAGCCAGUGCAUAAUUCCGAACACGAAUAAUGGAACGUCAUUAACCCUAAACUUGGCAGAUUAAAAUAGUAACUAUGUAUGUACAAGUAAAAAAUAUAAAAAAUAUAUAUAAUGGAGUAAUAUGCAAUAUAGAACUUUUAGCAUAUUUUUCAUCUAAUUUGUCUUGAAUACAAUAUGAAAAUUAAUAUUAUUACAAAAAAACGUACAUAUAGUACAUUUAAACAGAGCUUGAAAAUUUUAAAACAUUUCAACUAUAAGCACAAAAUAUUAUGAUUGUAAAUCAUGCAGAACAAAAAUGUACCUUUGUUAGAUGCAUUGCCAAGUAUAAGGUUGAAGAAAAUCCAUUCCUAAUGCGUUAAAUUUUAAAUGUCGGAUAUUUAAAAAAGCAAGGUGUUUAUGGGCGUUCAAGAAAAAUGAAAUUUAAACGCAUUUAUAUGUUAGACUUAUUAAAUGUCAAAUUUUUUAGUUAGACAUGCAUACUCUCUAUUCAACUUAUAGACAAUAUAGACUAAUCAAAGAGAAAAAUUAUGGAAAGUUAAAGAAAGAUCAACGAGAUACGAAAUACUGACUGAAUUAUUCCGACCAUUAAUAUUUAAACUAAGUAAUAUUUAAAUGUAAGUUAUUAGAAUAUUAUAUUCUCAUUUGUUUAUCCACCUAUUUAAGUAAGAGUUAUGUUAGUUACUAAUGACAAAUAGUGAUAUGUUAAUUUGUACAACUUAAAACAGUUUGCUGAAAACAUAAUCCGAUAACACGGAUCAUUUAAUUUGCAAUGGACAAUAACAUCGACUCUCAACGAGAAAUCACGGAAAUACUCCGUCCACAAAAACCAACAUUAGCGUAUUUAUUUGAACUAUCUGUCAUUGAUUGUCUGAGAUAAAAAACUAAUCUAUCGUUAUUAUUAAGUUAUUAAUGGCACUAUGCCUUCGAAAAAUAAAAAGUCUACUAAUUACGAAUAAAAUGGUAAUCUCAGACUCCUUUGGUACAAAUAUUGCGAUUUAUAAUCAUUAUUAUCAAUUGAUAAAGGAGCUGAAAAUGCAAUCAUAACAUCAGCCUUCUAAAUCAAUUCCGAUAAUUCAAAAAUUUGAUAACUUGACAUUUAUUAAUUUAACAAUUUUUUAACUUAUAUAAUUUUUAUAUACUUUAAGUAUGUAUAUUUUUCUAACAAUUUUAGCUCAUUUAAUUUGUUUAAUAAAAAAUCUAAUAUAAAAAAUAAAAAUAAAUAUUUUAUCAGGGUUCUUAUUAAAUCAUUCAGAACUGAAUUGUCAAUUUUUAUAAACGAUCAAAAUAUGUACCUUUGAUUGCAAUUUUAAAAAUAAAUCAGAACUGACUGUGCAAAUAAAUGAAGAACAGCUUGUAUGUAGACACGCUAAUUUAAGAUUUGAAAACUAGUCCGAUCGCAUUUGAAACAAAAUGCGUCAUAAAGAUAAAUACAAAGUACAUAUAUAUGUAUACGUAAGUAUUGUUUACGAUAUUCUCUUUUUUUAAGAUUCCUAUGAGAUACGGCGUUCGACUCCAGAUUGUCAUAUGCUCAUCUACUUAUUUAUCAAAUUCUUUAUAAAUAUAUAUGUAAAUAAUUAAUUAAUAACAUGUAUAUAUACUUAUAUAAUUUUUAAUAUAUACAAUCAUUGAGAGAUUAUUAUAAUGACUAUAAAACCAAUUGCGUUUUUCACUGAUAAAUAUGCGAAAAAAGUUAUGUUUUUUGUUAAAAUAAUAAUACCACAACUCAAAUAUACAAUGGACGAAUUAAUUAAACAAUAAGGAUAAGGCAUUAGAGUAUAAAUUUCGUAAAUAUUCUCGAGUUAAUUUAUUUGACUGAAAAAAAAAUUUGUUUAAACAAUAAAAGUAAUGGAUAUUUAAGAUACGCCAAUUUAUCAAAUGUACAUUUUCUUAGAAUUAUUCAUUUAAUUAAUAUAAAAAUUAACAACAAAAAAAAUUUUUAAUAAUGCAAAAUUCGCUAAACAAGAAAUUUUCUAUUCAAUUUUAACUUAAUGUAUUUUUCUCGCUUUCAAACUGCCAAUUAACGUAUAACUGCCAAUAAGGAAACUUAUUUCAAAAAUAUUCAAAGAACAAUGCAAUGAAAAAAUUAAAAGAUUAAAAUUAAGAAAAUAAUAUAAUUUCAUUUAUAAUUUCUAUAUAUAAAUUGAGCCAAGAAUAUUAUACUGUUUUUCUAAAAAUUUAGUUUAUAAUAAAAAAAUCCUGUAUAGGAACAAAAUAACCACUCAACAAAAAUAAUAAAUGUCAAACUUGUUCAUAGUAAAGAGCAAAUCGCUAAAUGUAUUCUAGCGACAAAAAUAACAUCGAACAAAAAUUGCGGAAUAUAAAUGUAUUGUCAUAAUGUUGUUGAUAUAAAAAUGUGAUUCAAAUAUGUAA